AUGUCCUGGCUGAUUAAAACUGCAGCAGCCGCAGCUGCAGGUGCCGCAGUGGCCGUGGUGGCCGCACCGGCUGCUGUGGCCAGUGUUGGCGUUACAUCAACCGGCAUUGCUGCAGGCAGCACUGCUACCGCGAUGAUGUCGAGCGCCACGGCCGCCAAUGGAGGUGGAGUGGCUGCGGGGUCCACUGUGGCGAUUUGUCAAUCCAUCGGAGCAGCAGGACUCGGUGCAACAGCAAAAGCAGCGGCAGCAGCGGGUGCUGCCUUGGGUGGCACGGCAGCGGUGGCGCACAGAAGCCGCUUGUGA